UGACGGGGAAGCCAGGCGAAGCGGUUUCUUUCCAAUUCUCACAUUUUCACCUUGAUACCCUUUAGCUGUCAGUCUUUGGUGUUUACAGUAAGUGAAGGAAACUAUUUUCACUCUAUCCUGAACUCAGAAUUAUCGAUGAGUUCUUAUUAGUUUCUGUCGCUCUACCGUCCUUAAACCCCCUUGUGAUUGACACUAGCCAUCCACGCUUUAGAUUAUGGGUGAUACAACUGGCCUGUCAAAUGCAGAGGCCAAGGAACUGUGUCAUGAGCCGGAGCCAGACACCAAAGAUUUUAUUAUGCAGCAAACUAUGUACAGAAUCAAAGACCCAAGGCGCUCUUUACCUUUCUACACUAAGGUCCUUGGUAUGCGGCUCCUUCAAAAAUUGGAUUUUCCAGAAAUGAAGUUUUCGCUGUAUUUUAUGGGCUAUGAACCAGCUCAAGACAUACCAAGUGACCCUGCUGAACGCAUCCAAUGGACUUUCACACGCAAAGCUACUAUUGAACUGACCCACAAUUGGGGUACUGAAAGUGAUCCUGGUGCUGUGUAUCACACUGGCAAUUCCGAGCCAAAAGGCUUUGGUCAUAUUGGAAUUACUGUUCCAAAUGUUGAUGAAGCCUGUAAACGAUUUGAGGAGCUUGGUGUUGAAUUUAUCAAGAAACCCAAUGAUGGUAAAAUGAAAGGCAUUGCUUUUAUCAAGGACCCUGAUGGUUAUUGGAUUGAAAUUUUUGCUGCCACAAGAAUGUCUGGGCUAAUUUUGACUUAAUUAAUUAAUUGUUCUAGAGGACAAUUUGGAGAAACUUAAAUAUGCAUAUUCCAAUAGAGUAAUCUUCCAAUUUCAUCAGCUUCUAAAUUUCAAAAUUUACCAACUAAUUAUACUUUUAAUUUUGUAUAGCUGUUUUUACUGGUAAGCCAAUCAAAGUCUAAUGAAAUUUGCACGUCUCAUCAUCAAUUUUAAAUUUGCAUGAAUCAAUUUAUCUGAAUUGGUGUUUGAUGAGUUGUGAGCAUCAUAUUAGCAUGUGUGCCAUCUAAAAAGUGUUAAUGGACAGUGUUUCUAAUAUUUGAGAGACUUCUAUAUUUUUGGUGUAAAUAGAAUAUUUUUUUAAAAUUUAGAA